AUGAUUAUCGCGGUGUUCCUCAAUGGAUACACAAUGUACAUCUCUAGCAUAUCAGGUGCAGGUAGCUAUGGCCGCCUUGUUAGCUGGGACGAUGCCGACGACGCAUUCAUGCUCAUGCAAAAGGGUCUCCAGUUUCAGCCAGGAACGGGGCUUCUCCUUUUGGAAGUCCAGAGCCAGAUCUAUUCUUUUCUUCUCGAGUGCUGUUAUCAAUUAUUCCAUGAUGUACCACGAGACGAGCUGGCCAGCCUCCAACUUCUUGAGCAACCUGAGCCACCACCGAUCGUUGCUUCAGAGAUCUCUUAUGCACAACUUUCUUCGUUGGCAGCUGAAGCGCCAGAAGAUCCAGGAUAUUUCGCAUCGGUAGCUGUUGAUCUUGCGCAGCAUCGCCUGAAAAGCCUUCUCGACAUACGGGGCCAACGCCAUCCACACGACGAUGACGAAGUUUUCUGGAACCGAGUGCUGAGGAGCGUAGCUGUCGAGGCUCACAUGUCCUUUCUCAGUUGGGAUAUCCUUUACAAAUACGCAGUCAGUCUAGACAAGGCAUUCAAAUCUGCCGGAACUCUUUACCCUAACCGGCCUCUGCCUGAGAAGCUCAACACCGCCUUGGUGAAGUUAUGCUUUGCUGCCGAGAUGGUUUCAAAGGGCCUGGUUGCAGAAUUGAAGACUGCUGUGCCAACUUCACCACCAAUACGUGAGCGCUUUGUUCGAGAACCCCAAAAACCCGGAACAACCAUCAUGCGAGCCAUGACGAAACAGAGUGCCGGCAGUGAUCCCUUACUACAGCUAUUUGCCAUGCUGUGGGAUGCAGACAAAGUAUUUUUAGCCCAGCUUCCCAAUCUCGUCGAUGAGCUACAGCGAUGCGUUGACCGCGACCCUGGUCAGAAGGGCAGAAUGUCGUCCUACGUCGCCGGGUAUCUCUCCAACCUAUCCCUCAUUGUACAAAUCAUUGGGCAGGUAAAGACCUUCUUUCCAUGGGCUGCGGGUUUGGAUAUGGACAUGAGCCCAGAGAAGAGAGGUCCGAGCUUCGCUAAAGCAUCGGAAGAUGCCAACAGCGUGACAAACGUGAAUGCCUGUCGUCAAGCUGAAGCUCAACUGGAUAGGUUGUGGGAGGUCGUCGAUGCGCAUUUUGAGAAACAUACCGACAAGACACUUCACGAGAUAUUCCUCAGUCAUGAUGUGAAAGCUCGAGAGAUCCAUCGUACUCCCGAAUGGACACCUCCGCCAAGAGUGUCCCAGCCGAACAACAAGGGGAAAGAAAACGAAGCUCUUAGUGACUCAUUUUCCCGCCUUAAGGUCGAACCCGACAAACCGAGCAGCUUCAAAGGACCCGAAGUAUUUCGAGCACCCAAGAUCAAAACUCGCGGCCCAUAUCCCCUUCCCGAUUCUAGCAACGCAACACGAGCCCUGCCUGACGAUCCGACUCCGCCCUUCCCAGUCUUCACCCUGCCGCGACGCGUUCACAAAGUCUUCGCCUUUCUCUUCCCAACAUCCUCUAAUCCCUCCCCAGGCGGCGAAAUUGCCUGGACAGAUUCCUGCGCGCAAUGA